AAUGUCAAUUUGUUGACAAGUCUUCAUUUUUUUAACAUCUCGGAUCCCUUUUAAUUCUUGUGAAUUUUCACGACUGGCAAUUUUAAAAUCUAUUUAACUAAAGAGAUUUAACAGAAUUUCAACAUGACAGUGGAUAAAACAAAAUUAUCUUAUCGAAAUAAAAUAAUCCUCGCACCUAUGGUAAGAGUUGGCACUCUCCCAAUGAGGUUAUUGGCAUUAGAAUAUGGUGCUGAUAUUGUUUACUCCGAAGAAUUGAUUGAUUUGAAGAUGAUAAAGGCUAUAAGACGUGUAAAUGAUGUUUUGGGAACAAUUGACUUCGUUGAUCCUUCAGAUGGCAGUAUAAUCUUUAGAACUUGUGACAAAGAAAAGAAUAGAGUUGUUCUUCAAUUGGGCACAAGUGAUGCCGAGAGAGCCCUCAAAGUUGGAAAAUUGGUUGAAAACGAUGUUGCUGGAAUUGACAUAAACAUGGGAUGUCCCAAAGAAUUCUCAAUCAAAGGUGGUAUGGGAGUAGCUCUGCUCUCAAAACCUGACAAAGCAGUUGAAAUACUUAAAACUCUUGUUGAUAAUCUCAAAAUACCAGUUACAUGCAAAAUAAGAAUCAUGCCAACUGUAGAAGCUACCACAGACUUGGUAACGAAAUUUGCAGCAACAGGCAUCGCUGCUAUAGGAAUUCAUGCACGCACAAAAGACGAACGACCACAACAUCAACCACACCCAGAUAUUAUUAAAGCAGUUGCGCAAGCUGUUGAUAUACCUAUAAUUGCUAACGGAGGAUCUCGCGAAAUAGACAAAUAUAGUGAUAUAUUUAAAUUUCGUGAUAGAUGUGGUGUGGACAGCAUUAUGGUUGCUCGAGCAGCACAAUUUAAUGUAACCAUAUUUCGUAAAGAAGGACUGCUUCCUGUUUUUGAUGUGAUAAAAAAAUACCUUAAACUUUGCGUCGAUUACGAUAAUCCUCAGUCAAAUACAAAAUAUUGUGUUCAGAGUAUGCUAAGGGAACUGCAGGAAACUCCAUUGGGAAAAAAGUUUCUCCUUUGUCAGACACUUCAUCAGAUUUGUAAUUUGUGGGACCUUGGUGAUUAUUGCUAUAAAAAACUGGAAUAUCAAGAAAAAGGCAACUUUGGUCGUCGUGAAGUCUGUCCUGGUGCGAUCCCUGGCGACAAGGAAGAUGUCGAUGCUCCUCAAACAAAAAAGCACAAACUCGAAAUUGACGAUAACACAAAUCCUUCAGAUAUUUUAGAACACAAUAUAGCUUUUUAUCGUGCAAAUUAUAUUGAAGACACUUCUCUACCGAAGAGUAUCCUCCAUACGUAUGCCUCAAAGAACUUCAAAGGAGUGCCUAAAUAUGAAAUCCAACGUUUUGACAAACUAUUCCGCGCGAUAUGUUCAUUCGAUGGAAAGAGAUAUGCGAGUACAUUUUGGGAGAAAAACAAAAAAUACGCCGAACAAGGAUCAGCCCUAGUUUGUCUAUUAAAUUUGGGGCUAAUGGAAGAAAGUGAAUUGAUUAAAAAUGGCAGCAUUUUGAGAUGACAAAGUCUAGUUUCUUAUUUUCAUUUUGCAAUAAAAUCUUAUAACAUCUAAUAAUUAUGUUUGA